GUCAUCUCGGACCAGCAUGCUUGCUGCAGGACAAAUUUUGGUGGGGUCACGCUGCCCACCCACCGCCUUUCUCGCCCACCCGCGGGCACUCUAGGCCUGGGCUCACUUAUUAUUGUUGCUGGUGAGAAGGCAUUUCCAGCUUCUUCCUCCCAAAGACUGUGCACGCCCCUCGCCUGGACACCCGACACUGCAGGCCACCACCUCCCUCUUGCUACGAGGAUACACUUCUCGAGCAUCUCGUCUUGGGGUUGCGCCAACUUCAAAUUCCUUUCCUCUGCUGAUGGUCGCAACUCGGGAAGCCGUCGCAUACCUUUGAUCAAGAACAAACCAAACAGCCACAGGCAGCCAGAGAUCAGGUCGACCAAAUCUCAGCCUCUAUCCCCAUCUCUCCACCGACCAACCGACUCUCGACCAUGUCCUUCUCGACCUACCUGGGGUAUUUCCUGGGAGGCUAUACCGCCCUGACGACCUUCUUCUACGUUCUCUCCCCGAUGUCGUCCAAGUCAGGCUUUGUGGCGCGGUGCCUCGCCUCCUACAUCUCCCUGGUCGUAGCCGCACUCUACGGCGCCGUCGUCUCCAUCGCCCUCAGCUGCGUCGGCCAGCGUCAGAUCGCGCAAUGGACCACCGGCCGCGUGUUCAAAUACGCCAUGGCCGCUACAACCGGCGUCACCUUCGAGGUCAUCGACCCCAAGGGCCACCUGGACAAGGUCAGGCCCGCCGUCUUCGUCGGCAACCACCAGACAGAGCUCGACGUCCUCAUGCUCGGCUGCAUGUUUCCAAAGUACUGCAGCGUGACCGCCAAGUCCAGCCUGAAGAGGCUUCCCUUCCUGGGCUGGUUCAUGACCCUUAGCGGCUCGGUCUUCAUCGACCGCAAGAACAGCAAGGAUGCGCGCGCGGCCAUGAGCGGCGCCGCAGAGCAGAUAAAGACUCUGAGACAGAGCGUGUACAUGUUCCCCGAGGGCACCAGGAGCUACGCCAAGGAGCCCAUGCUGCUGCCCUUCAAGAAGGGCGCUUUCCAUCUUGCCGUCCAGGCCCAGGUCCCCAUCGUGCCGGUUGUUGCGGCCAACUACAGCGACACGCUGUAUAUCAAGGGAAUGGUCUUCAAGUCCGGCAAGAUCCCCUGCAAGGUGCUCGAACCAAUCCCCACGGCAGGGCUGACCCCGGCAGACGUGGACGACUUGUGCAGCAAGACCCGGGAGCUCAUGCUCAAGGAGAUUAUCAACCUCACAUAUCAAAGCCGUGGCCAGGAAGCCCCCAUCGAAGCGUCAACUGUCAAGGCCAGCGGGGUUGACUUGAAGCAAUGAGGGGCAGAUCGGCCCCUGCCACGAGAAUCAACACAGCCCACGUAGCGCCCAGGCGCAGCUAGUGGAUGGCAUGAAGCGCCGGAAUCGCGCCGCGAGCAUGGGACAGGAGGGGGCCAGGGAGGGGGAUUCAAGGGCGGGCAGGCGGCGGCAACAUUCUGGUUGCACAACCGUCGCUCCCCUGACAUCGCCAGACGCGCACUGCCGCGAGAGACACGGGCAGUCGACAACGAGAGACAAGCUGGAAGCAUUUGAUACCCGCGAUAGACGCAUCCUUAGAACGGCGCGUUGAUACAAGAGUGGCCGAAGGCCCUAUACUACUUACUGGUUGCUCAUGACUAGAUUCAGAACAGACCUGUUUGUAUACCAGAUAUCCUUGAAAGAAAGUUCGCCACCUCUCA